AUGGCCUCCGCAGAGGCACCUGCCCAAGUGGUCCAUGAGGAUUCGCUGUGGUUCUCAAGUUCGUCUGAGUCCCUCGCUAGGCCUUGGGUGGAUUUUCCGAGCACACUCUGUGGCUGUUGCCCUCGUCCAACUACCAUUGCAACAAGUGGCCUUCUGCCUGACAGAGAGCUCGACGACGGACUGGAAAGAAAGCCGAUCAAGACCCUGUCAAAGCCGACAGACUCGUCGGGCAAGGACAUUGUCAUCAAGCAGCUCAAAUAUCUGGGCUCGUACAACUGGACUAAUGAGACAAAGCUGACGAUACUCGUUCCCGGGUCUCCAGCACAGUGGCAGGACAGAUCUUUUCCGUACCGAGUUCAGCCAGACAGUGGCAUCAAGUUCGUCGAUCAGAACGGAUAUCGCAUGCCAUCAUCCACGUUGUAUCCUCUGUUUCAUGCAGGAGACAGCAUCGAUUGGAGAUCAGUCAACUUUGUCACUGACCACAAUGGCCUCCAUGGCUCUGCCAAGGAGUUCAGGAUUGACACACAACUGGCCAGAACCAGGACCGUUCUGUUGAAUCGCUGGGAGAAACACAUGGGCCACUUGCAGCGGAUGACAUAUGGCUUCAGUUUCGAGCGGGCGAGCACGGAUAAGGUCAAAGGAUGCGAGCGAGGCACUAGUCACCAUCGCAUCAUCAAAUAUGAUCUUGAUGGUCUUACACUAGUUGUCCGCUUUGAGGUUAAUGCCUUCAUCGCAGCCUUGCCCUCGCCCGGAGUCGUUUCAUCUUCUUCCAAUAUCGGCUCACUUUCCGAUAUGUUAUCUGGCCUGAACGUAGCAACUGUGACGUGCGACUUGAUGGUAGACGGCGCUGCAUCCACCGCUGAGCUUGACGUGAUUCGCACUGGAUCAGAGAAUGCCGAGAAGUAUGAUUGGCGUGAUGCAUAUCCACAGUUAUACCUGUCCCAAAUCUGCAACCACUACCUUGCAGUGCAUAACCGUGGAGAGUUCGAGACGAUCACCAAAUGCACGGUUGAUGAUGCAGAGAUGAAACACUUUGAUAUAAGUGCCCAGAAUGGGUUCAAGAAGUUGUGUCACAUCUUAGAGACUGUUCAGGAAUUGGUUGUUGAAUAUGGGCAGCGAGGAUGCCUCAGCUUGGUUCACCGCGACAGGCAAUUGCAAGCGUUUGAUAGAAUCAAACACAAUGUUUACCUUCCAGAAGACAUGCUGAGGCGUUUCGAGGAUUGA